GGCGGAGAUGCUUUUGCUUUGUGCUUGACCAUGUCUUGAUUUCUCUUCUUGAAUAAUAACUACUUUUGUCAAUCACAACAAUUAUGCUUUUGUUCUCUCAGUCGAAUUGCAUAUACAACAGUAACAAGACUGGCUGGAUGUUGGUCUACAUAACCGACUUGCUCCAAAGCCAAAUUUUCUCGCGGCUCCCUCGUUGCUUUCCCUUUUCCAUCAUCUCAACACUAUGCUAGCCCGUCAGCGUAGAGCCUGGACCUUAGAGGAAGAUCAGCAGCUUAUUGAAGCGGUGAAAAGAGAAGACUUGAAGUCACAUAAGCCUCUGAAUUGGUGUACUAUUUCCAAAAAUAUUCCGAAUCGCUCGAACAAGGAUUGUCGAAAGCGUUGGAUAAGUACCCAUGCUGGCGCUGAGGUGAAAAUUACGAAGGGCGCUUGGAGCGAGGAAGAGGAUGAUCAAUUGAGGGCUGGUGUGCAGGCUUUUGGUCCUAGAUGGUGUAGGAUCGCACAGAUGGUUCCUGGAAGAAACAGCGAUCAAUGUGCCAAAAGGUGGAAGGAUACACUGGAUCCAGCUAUCGAUCGCAGCAAAUGGACGUCAGAAGAGGAUGAACUUCUCCUCAAGGUCGUCAAUGAGAUCGGUCGAAAGUGGGCUAGGGUGGUGAAACAAUAUUUUCCUGGACGAACUGGCCUUGCUGCGAAGAACAGGUAGGGUCAUCGCUAAUUUUUGAGAUACCAGCUUAGGAUUAAACGGGUUCUAGAUACAAUUGUCUUGUAAAUCCGCGUCGGGCUUCACUCUCCAGAGACAUCUACUAUCCAGUUUCGGCGACAUCGUCCCCAUCAGGCGA